AUGCAACUUCAUGGUACCAUUCCUCCAUACCUUGGAAACCUCUCAUUUCUGGUUUCCAUUAUAAUCGACAACAACACUUUCCAUGGAGAGUUGCCAAAAGAGUUGGCUUAUUUACAGAGGUUGAAACUGAUCUCGGUAAGAAGUAAUAACUUUACUGGUGCCAUUCCAACAUUUCUAAGUCUGUUACCAAACCUUCGCAUUGUGCAUCUUUCGAGCAACCAAUUUUUCGGGGAAAUCCCAUCUUCCCUUUCCAAUAUAACACAGCUGCAAGUGUUGGAUAUGUCCAAAAAUUUUCUCGAUGGGGAGAUCCCUCAAGAACUCGGUGAACUUCAUCACAUGACUUUGUUCAAUCUGGAAAAUAACCAGCUUACUGACUCUAUACCACCAUCAAUCUUUAACAUUACAACAAUGAAAAAGAUUGGUCUCACCUACAAUAAUCUUACGGGUAAGCUUCCAGCAACUAUAUGUGACCAUCUUCCAAACUUGGAAGAGCUUCACCUCUCAGCCAAUCACAUACAUGGCGUUAUUCCACCAAACAUAGGAAAAUGCAGAAAGCUCCAAAUCUUGUCAUUAUCUAGAAAUGAGCUCACUGGAACUGUACCAAGAGAGAUAGGCAAUUUAACGGCACUUACAAGCUUAUACCUUGGAACUUUGCAUCUGGAAGGAGAGAUUCCAGCAAGUAUUUCUAACAUGUCAGAACUGCAGAACCUAGGAUUUGCAAGAAACAGGCUUUCAGGAGAGAUACCAAUGGAACUAGGUUAUCUUCAGAAACUACUGUUUCUGUCAUUAGACACAAAUGAGUUGACUGGUUCUAUCCCUGCAAGCAUUUUCAACAUGUCAGCACUGCAGAUCUUAGGAAUUGCAGAAAACAGGCUUUCAGGUACUCUACCUUCAGAUUUAGGUCGUGGAAUGCCCAACCUAGACGGAUUCUAUUGUUAUCAGAAUAGUUUGAGUGGUUUUCUCCCUGCUUCUAUCUCAAAUUUUUCAAGACUCAGAGUACUUGAACUCUCUUAUAACAGUUUCACAGGCCCAAUUCCUGAAUCAAUUAGUGACUUAGAAUACAUUGAGGUUUUGAACUUAGGGGCGAAUAAUUUUGUCAGCAAUUCAGCAUUGAGCUUCUUGACAUCUUUGGCAAACUGUAGGAAACUGAAAGAAAUCACUUUUGCCGAGAAUCCCUUGGACGGUUUUUUGCCUGCCUCCAUUGGAAAUUUCUCUGAUUCUCUGCAAAUUUUCCAAGGAUGGUAUUGUAAACUGAAAGGCUUCAUUCCCGGAGAAAUUGGCAAUCUUACCGGUGUGAUAAAGAUGGAUUUGUCACAAAAUGAGUUGACUGAAUAUAUUCCAAAAUCCAUCCAAGGCUUGUCGAACCUUCAAGAACUUAACUUAGGUGGCAACAUGAUAAAAGGAAUCAUACCAGAUGUUAUCUGCAAUUUAUAUAAUCUUGGAGCAUUAGAUUUGUCAGGAAAUCAAGUUUCUGGUUCCAUACCACCAUGCUUAGGGAACAUUACCAGUUUGAGGUAUGUUUAUCUAGCUAACAACGGGCUGAAUUUGAGCUUACCUUCAAGCUUGUGGACUCUUCAAGAUCUCAUAGAAUUCAAUAUUUCGUCCAAUUUAUUAAGUGGGAAAGUUUCUAUGGAGAUUGGAAAUUUAAAGGUUGCAACACUAGUUGAUCUGUCAAAAAAUGAUUUUAGUGAUUCAUUUGGCAAAAUGCUGGCCUUAGAAUUCUUGGAUUUGAGCAAUAACAAUCUUAGCGGUGAAAUUCCAAAGUCAUUAGAAGCUCUCGUGUAUCUCAAAUACUUGAACUUCUCAUUUAAUGAACUCAGUGGAAAGAUUCCCACAGGUGUUCCUUUUGCAAAUGCCACAGGUCAAUCCUUCUUGUCCAAUUAUGCACUCUGUGGUGAUUCUAAGUUUCAUGUUUCACCAUGCGUCAUCAAAUCUCCGAAGAGGUCAAAGAGAAAAAAGAUAAUCUUGGUUUUGUACAUCCUUUUAGGAGUGGGUAUACUAUUUCUCUCAUUAGCCCUCGCAUAUGUAUUUUUAAGAUGGAGAAAGAUAAAGAAGAAUGCAGAUCAAGCAGAUGUCUUUCCGGUAAAAGGGAAAUAUGAAAGAAUUUCUUACUAUGAACUUGAACAAGCAACAGAAGGAUUCGACGAAAGCAACCUGCUUGGUAGUGGGAGUUUCAGCAAGGUUUUCAAAGGGAUACUUAAGGAUGGUACUCUUUUGGCAGCAAAGUCAUCACCAGCUGCUCCAACCCUCACUUCAAAGCCUUGGUAUUAG